GUUGAGCAGACAGGCUCGAGCUUAUCGUCUCUGGAAUAAAGCGGAGGCAGAGACAGAAGAUUUCUAGGAUCCGCUUCACUUCGUUUGAAGGUAUUUCUGCAACAUUAUUUAAUGAAAAGUUUAAACUCCAGCUGGAGACUCCGACGUAUCUGGAUACUGACGAUUGUUGGUUUCUGUCCUCUGCGGAGACCAGCUCGCUGGGGAGAAACGACAGGGCCGAAGAAGGAUCAGACAAAGACUUGUUAUCGAGGGAAUCCUCGUCGGGAGGGAGAUGUGCAGCAGCUGUUGGUGAUUACGGAGGGGAUCCUUGUCAAUGGAUUCUGGACAAGCAGGAACAAGAGGAACUAUGACCCAGUCAGGAUGGAGAACUGUUGAUGAUGGGCUGGUGGAGAGUGUCACCAGUUUUCCAAUGUUAACGGCUCCUCUGAAGAGUGAGGAUGAUGAUAAAGAACUUCAGCCUUGGUCAUAUUCAGCCCAUCUUCGUCAAACCCAAACUGUAGGCAACACAGAGGUAGAAGCUUCAACCAACAACCCAGCUAAAUGGAUUAAAUCAGAAACUGAUGGAGAGGACUGUGGAGGACCAGAACUAACCAGUAACCCAAACCCAAACAUUUAUUUACAACCAAAUAUUGACAGAAAGGCUUUAUGUUCUUCUGAGAUAAAACAUUUAUCACAUUUUGGACCUAAAAUGGAAGACGAUGAUAAAGACUGGAAUGACAACAGGGGACAUGGGUCAGGUGUAAACAGUGAUGUGGAGUAUAACGCUGCCAAAAAAUCCCUCAGCUGCUCUGAAUGUGGUAAAGAGUUUCACUACCAAAACUCUAUCCAAAGACACUUAACACACCAUUCAGAAAAAAGGUCUUUGAGCUGUUUGAAAAGUAAUAAAUGCUUUAAAUUGACACAAAAUGUAAAUAUCCAGAAAAGAGUCCACACAGAGAAAAAGCCAGAUAGAUGUGAUGUUUGUGGUAAAAUCUUUAGUCAUAAAAGAAAUCUUAGGGUACACAUGAGAAUCCACACAGGAGAGAAACCGUUCAGCUGUGAUGAAUGUGGACAUAAAUUUAGCAACAAGACAAAUUUAGAACGGCACAUGAGAAUCCACACAGGAGAGAGACCAUUUAGCUGUGAUGAAUGUGGACAUAAAUUUAGUCGAAAGACAAACUUAAACCAACACAUGAGAAUCCACACAGGAGACAAACCAUUCAGCUGUGAUGAAUGUGGCCAUAGGUUUAGUCAAAAGUCAAGUUUAAACCUACACAUGAGAAUUCACACAGGAGACAAGCCAUUCAGCUGUGAUGAAUGUGAACAAAGAUUUGAUCGAAAGACAAGCUUAAACCGACACAUGAGUGUCCACACAGGAGACAAACCAUUCAGCUGUGGUGAAUGUGGUCAUAGAUUUACUCAAAAGAUAUACUUAAAUGAACACAUGAGAAUCCACACAGGACAGAGACCGUUUCCAUGUGAGAUUUGUGGUGAAUUAUUUAGAUGGCGUCUCUCUUUGAAAGGACACAUGCGUGUCCACAUAAAAUAGAAGAGGCACAGUUACAGAAUUUUGAUGCAGAUCUGUAAACAUUGCGUUUACAGAUUUGACAAGAUCUUUAUUGUCAUUAUGCAAGCAUAACGAAAGUGUUGAACUACAGGGGAGCUACUGCUUUCACAGCUCAGGGAAAGAAGCUGUCUGAGUCUUUUUGUGGUGGUUUUAAUGUUUCUGUACAGCUUUACUAAUGGAAGCGGUACAAACAGCACAUUGCCCUGGUGGGUGGGGCCGGCUGCAAUGUGUCUGGCCCUCUUCUAGACUCAGACUGUGUAGAUGGAGUCCAGAUCUGGUAGAUGGCAGCCCACAAUCCCCUGAGCUGUCCUCACCCCCCGGGCUAAGUUCCUCUUGUCCUGUGCUGUGCAGCUGCCAUACCACACCGUCACACUGAGACACAGGAUGCUCUCCAUUGUGGCUAUAUAGAAGUUCACCAGCAGCUGAGAAGAGAGUCUCAUCCACUUCACCUUUUUAAGAAAGAAGAGCCAUUGUUGGACUUCUUCACCAAGUGUGAAGUGUUCACAGUCCAGGAGAAGUCCGAGGAAACGUGAAUGUCCAGGAACUUAAUGCUGUCCACGCGCUCCCCUGCCUCUUCAUGUAUGCAGAGAGAAACGUGCUCAGUCUUCCUGGACCUCCAGUAAUCUGCUAGGAAUUUCCUUGUCUCGUUGAUGUUAAGUACCAGAUUGUUCUUGGAACAGCAUUUACUCAGGACCUCUUCUCUGUAGUGGGUCUCAUCAUUGUUGGAUAUGAGACCCUCCACAGUGGUAUCAUCCGCAAACUUCACAAUCAUGUUGGUGGGUUGGAUGGCAGAGCAGCCCUGUGUGAAGCGGGCAGGGCUGAGCACACAAUCUUGCGGUGUUCCAGUGUUGACGAUCAGUGGUGAAGAUACUAUACUAAAAUACUCUCAUAUACUAUAAUGAAAUUUCCUCUCAUAUACUAUACUGUAAUGCUCUCAUACAUUAUACAGAAAUGUUCUCAUAUACUAUACUGAAAUGCUCUCAUACGCUAUACUGAGAGCGUAUGCUCUCAUACGCUAUACCUAAAUGCUCUCAUACACUAUACUGAAAUGCUCUCAUACGCUAUACUGAGAGCGUAUGCUCUCAUACGCUAUACCUAAAUGCUCUCAUACACUAUACUGAAAUGCUCUCAUACAUAAUAUUGAAAUCAU